AUGGCUCAAAGGGCUUCGAAAACCAAGCCCAACAAUCAAGGUAGCAGACCUUAUGCCAUGGGACCACCAGCUGGAAAUGGAAAGUCCAAAAUGGCUCACCAUCGAUCCACAGGGCCCAAGGUCAGUUCCAAACAGGGGGGCUCAUCUGCAGGCUAUUUCGAAGAGACACCAGUCUCAGUAGGCUCCGAAAGCUCAGAUUCCCCCAGUUCUCCCCUUGAAAGCUACCAUCAACAAAACCAGCACCAGCACCAGCACCAACAUCACCACUCCACGUCUCGACAGCAAUCUCAGUCGUUCUCUUUGAACCACCAAAGGGCUAUUUUCGAACACCGGCUCAUCACCAAGAAUUCUGGCCCUCAAAAGAACUACUCACACGUUCCUUGCCGUUUCUUUCGUCAAGGCGCCUGUCAGGCUGGUGAUUCGUGUCCCUUCUCACAUUCACUGAACCCCAAUGCCGCAGAUGCUACUCCCUGCAAGUACUUCGAAAGAGGCCAUUGCAGAUUUGGAAGCAAAUGUGCUAACGCCCAUAUCUUGUCUGAUGGGACCCGCUUGAAUCCCCCCAGACCGUUCCAUCAAGGUCAAGGUCAUGGUAAUGGCAAUAAAAAUAGCAAUUCGGGUCCCCCCGCACCGAUGCCAAUACCGUUGCGGGAUAUCCCUCUAUCUCAACUGACCAAGCCCAAGAUAUUCCCAUCGGCAACUUCCCAACUGCAGUCAUUUUCGAACAACUCCUCGACCAGAGCUACCACAUCUGCGGCAUCGACUCCAAACAUUCAGCAAUAUUCCGCGAUGGGCUCCAAUACCUCGUAUUUUGCCCCAUUCACACCACAGCAGCAGCAACAACUAGCUAAUGAUUUUGCUUUGAUCGAAGAAGACGAAGACGAUGUUGGCUUGGACUUUGACGGCGAGGAUUUCAUACCCGGCGAGUUGUCAGAUCUACUCACCCCCAAGGAGCUCGAAAGGCGCAAUUCCAGGUCUUCGCUUUCACGCAAGCUGAGCUGGACAGAUCAUUCCUCUGCGUUUCCUUCUGCUUCCAGCACGCUCCUUGGUUCUGACCCACUCAACCAGGGCGAGCCGGCUUCAGCAGCGAACUCUUUUUCGGGCCUGUCAUCUGCCACUUCGAUAGAAUACUCGCCGCCCGGCAGUGGCUCUAUGGCUUUCGGGCUCGCUGCUCCCUCUUUCGACUACACUUAUCUCCAAGACCAACGUCAGGCCAGAUCAGUGUGGACCAAACAGGACCAGCCUCAGAUGUCCUCCCAUUACGUCAAUGUGGAUCGGCUGGGUCUGCUGAUGUCGGGAGUAAGAAUCAAAGACGAGCCAGAGGAAAGGAGUUCGGCAAACGGACAGAAAUUACAUCAGUUUUAUUUGGGCGAUUUACAUCAACAGGUUUGA